AUGUCUUCAUCCCCAACACUAGAUUUUCUCCCCAGUGAGAUCCAACUCCAGAUCUUUUCUCAAAUCACGGCGCACGAUCUUAGCAUAAUUGCUCGGACCUCGAAACGCCUCAACGAAAUUGCAACACCGCUUCUCUGGAAUGACAUUGAACUCCAUGAAGAGGGCUACCAUGAGUCCAGACAUGAGAUCAAAAUUCCUCCUCCAGCGAGAGACCCGGCGCGUCGGCCUUAUCAUCCCAAGCAGAAAUGGGGAAACGGGCAAGGCGCGCGUAUGAAGGCUUCUCAGUUCUUUGAGAUACUGCAGAGCAUGCAUAAACAGAACACGAAUCGUUUGCAAGCGAUCACACAACGUGUAAGGCAUUUGUGUACCGUGAUUGAUCCUUCAUGGAGGCCUGUGGAUAAGGAUAAUGAUUCCGUCGACACUGAGACCGUUCAAGUCUGGCAUCUUCUGCCGUAUUUUUCAAAUUUAGAAACCUUGGAACUAUACGGAGACUACUACUACUCCGAAGAGGCUGAGGAGCAGGUUCCCAAAAUUCUCGGAUCUCCUCCAAAACUUCGAUUCCUCAAGCUCUCGGGCUACAUGCCACCAGAAGUACCAGCAUGGCUUCUUAGAGCGGCAGAUACUCUAGAACGCCUUGAACUCGACAUGUUAGACCGUCCUAUCUCAACAUGCCUAUCGAACGAUCCUGACUUUACUCCUCUUCCAUCUGAGAAGAUAAAUACAGAUGAUGGAAGUGUUUCCGAGUCAGAUUAUGGAAGUCUAGUCGAUGACAUGAUCAUCCCUAGGCCCUUGGGGAACAUUUUCACAGACUAUGGCGACUACAACUUAAAGUUGCCGAAACUAAAGCAUUUGUUUCUCGGUCAGCCGGCAGAGUCAUGCUCUUCGAACGACUUCGCAACUUAUAGCUGGUCAAAACGCGCCGAGUCAGCUUGCUACGACAAUUGGCUUAGAAUUCUACUGGCUUCUAUGAAAACGCUUGAGACGCUGGUUCUGGAACAGAGACCAGCGGCUGAUUAUAUCGAAGGAGACGGUUACAGCGAAGACAUGUGGAUGGACGAAAGGGCAUGGUCUCAUGCAAGCGAGAUACUUCUUGAGGUGGUCCAAACCGUUGUAUCUUCUGAGACGAGCCAGAUAUGCUUGAAGCAGGUGUAUCUGUAUGGUAUAGUCGCUGGCUUGGAAGAAGAUGGUACGCCGUUUUUGGAUUUCCCUGCGGGCAAGUUUAUGCAAUUUCUGAGGGACCGCGGGGUCGAGUGUGAAGCGAGACGGGGGAAGUGGUGUUUCUUUGAUAAACAAUCUGGAUCUGUGGAUUGGUGCCCUUGGGAUGCUGCCUCUGAGGAUGAAGAGGAGGAGGAGGAUAUGGAUGAAGAUGCUGAACCAAAGGCGAAGUGGGAUACUGUGCUGGCCAAGGUUUGA